CACCAUCGUUGCUGUGUGGUGCAUGGCUCAUACUGAAGGUGCACACAAACAUUGAACAACUUUUCCCUUACGGCCUGUAAAGUGUCGACUUUAGAGUGAUGAUGAUGAAGAUGAUGAAGGGGCUAUAGCCAAAAUAUAAGCGCCCUUUUCUCAGUCAAGUGGAGCAGAGAGCAAGACGCGAGCCAUUGAGCCGCUGCACAACAGGACGGCUAGGAUGGAGGGAGUCUGCAUAUGACACACGCCCAUGGCACCACGUCUCAGACGGAGGUAGACGGUGGAGAUGUUCAUCGGCGCUCCAGGCCUGCUGCUGCUCGCGCGCCCGUUAGCUGCAGAGAGGGAGUCUAAAGGGAGUCAGCGACUCGUCCUCACGCGGAGGCUCUCCUUCUUCACCCUGCACGCGGACGGGAUGUGUGUGUUGCCCUGCGUCUUUUAUCCCGACUGAGGGGAUCGCAAGUCACAUGGGGGCGGUGAGACAGCGGAGGUGAGGAUGGGUCCUUCUUCGGUCAACGUGGGGGUCCAAAUCCGGAUUUAGUCAAAUCUGCACGCGGCUGUCAUUGCAGAGGGCGGGGAGCUGAGCCGCCGCGUGCUUGUGGUCCGCCGGCGCGUCCUGCAGACAGAGGAGCAGCAGACCAGGGAACCCCACCGAGCCAGGGUCUACCCGCGGCACCCCGAAAACACAGAGCGGAGAGGGAGGACCGUGCCCCUCAGAGGGCUCCUCCUAGAGCUUAUCUUCUACCGGGACAGAGUGAGCAGCGGCGCUCAGCGGGGGUCAGCAUGGUUCUUCGCUUGAGAGUCCGCUGAAUUAAUUGAUCCUCGUGUUGUGACUCCGGAGGAACAUCAAAGUGCAAGUCAUCAACUUGGCUGAGUUGAACUUGUUUAGAGUCUGCGGGAUCAUGAGCGGAGCGACACACGGGCUUCAGUACCAGUCUGGGGUCUAUGGGGGGACUGGGACCAGUGGCAGCCCUGGCACCAAGCAGGGCUCCCCCUCCUCCUCCCCCAUCCUGUGUGAGCGCUGCAGGAAGAGCUGUCAGGGGGAGGUGGUGAGAGUGAAGAACUCCCACUUCCACGUGCACUGUUUCACCUGCCAAGUGUGUGGCUGUGACCUGGUGCGGGCGGGGUUCUUCCACCAUGGGGGGGAGUACGUGUGCACCCAGGACUACCAGCGUCUGUACGGGACGCAGUGUGACCGCUGUGGGCAGUACAUCAGCGGGGAGGUGGUCUCCGCGCUGGGACGCACCUACCACCCCCACUGCUUCGUCUGCAGCCUCUGCAGGAGCCCAUUCCCUAUUGGAGACAGAGUGACCUUCUGUGGAAAGAAGUGUGUGUGUCAGCAGUGUUCCCAGGGCCUGAACCGCGACAGACCCGUCAAGGUCCAGGGACCGAGCUACUGCUCAGGUUGCGGAGAGGAGAUCAAACAGGGCCAGUCUCUCUUGGCUCUGGAGAGACAGUGGCAUGUCAGCUGUUUUAAAUGCCACACAUGCGGGUGUACCCUCACUGGGGAAUACAUCAGCAAGGACGGCGUGCCGUACUGUGAAUCAGAUUACCACAACCAGUUCGGCAUCCGCUGUGACUGCUGCCAGGGCUUCAUCAGUGGGAGGGUGCUGGAGGCGGGGGGUAAACAUUAUCAUCCGAGUUGCGCCAGGUGUGCCCGCUGUCACAUGACAUUCCUGGAAGGAGAGGAGAUGUACCUUACUGGGGCUGAGGUUUGGCAUCCGAUGUGUAAAGAAGCCAUUGGAAUGGAGAAGAAGCUGAGGCUGCGCCGGACCUCAGAGACGGCGUCUCUCUCUCCCCCCAUCUCCAGCGCCGGCUCCCCCCACCGCCUCGUAUGCGCCAAGGCAGACAGCGCGCUGCUGAAUGCAAAGCGUCUGUCCGCCUUCCAGAGGCCCGACGUCAUCCCCUACCAGGCCUACCACGCACACACACGCCUCCCAGAGAGCCCCCUGCACCCGCCCUACGGCUGCGGACAGUCACGCGGUCACACCUUAUCUCCGUACUCUCAGGACCUGUUGGACAGUGUUGAUCUGCGGACCUCCAGGCGUUCUUCCAGCCCCUACACUGACUCUCCAGCACACAGCCGUUAUGGAGGGUCCCCCCUCCACUACAACACACCUGGUAACACAAACGCACACACACAAGCACAAACAAACACACGCAAAUACACACAGGCACAUGCACGCACGCACAUGCACACACACACGCACGCACACACACACACACACACACACACGCACACACACAAAUGUGCAAAUAUACACACACACACACACACACACACACACACACACACACACACAUACACACACACACACACACACACACACACACACACACACACACACACACACACACACACACGCACACACACAAAUGUGCAAAUAUACACACACACACACACACACACACACACACACACACACACACAUACACACACACACACACACACACACACACACACACACACACACACACACACACACACACACACACACACACAACUACACACACACCCACACACACAUACACACAUACCCACACACACAAACCCACACACAGAGACGCACAUCCACACACACAAUACACACUCAAACUCCCACACACGCACACACACACACACACACACACACACACACACACACACACACACACACACACACACACACACACACACACACACCAUACAUUUUACAUGCAUAUACACACACGUCCAGAGACAUUACAGAUAAACAGAUAAACUACAGAUAAACUCUAUUUUUCUUAUCAUUGUGUCCACCCUCAUUCUGUCUGCCUGCCCAUCUGUCUGUGCGUCUGUCUUUCUGUCUGUUGUUUGUCUUUGUAUGUAUGUAUGUCUGUCUGCCUCUCGUUUUUUUUUUUUUUUCCUAUUUGUCCUUUUUUCUGUCUGGGUGGGUGGGCCAUGCUGUUGCUCAUAAUCAUGUCUCUCUCAUUCUCAUUGGACGGGCUGACUGUAGGUAUUGAGAGUGGCAGGAGUUCACCCAAUCCCUAUCAGUCUGACCCCAGGUCUGGCACACCCACCUCCUACCAAGCCCCCAAGCAUUUCCAUGUACCAGGUAGGCCCCCCUAUAGCCCGCCCCCAGCCUUGCUC